AUGUUGCUCCCAUCAGCGCUUCCCUGCGACCUUCGUCGCGCAUCGCGCUUCACUCCUAUUCGCAUGUUUUCAACACCGCCGCCAUCCGACGACGACAGCAGCCUCCCAGGCAACGGCCUGCUGGGGACCUGUCGCGCUCUCCAGUCGCUCUUGAACGGCUCACCAGCGCCGUCUUCGCGUCGUGCAAAACCAGCACGUCUCCAAAGCCCGCUUACAUUCCAACCUACUCCUCCUUCUCCCGCUUCGUCGCGCAAACAAAGGCGCACUCCUAAACCUUCAUCCUCCAAACUUCCGUCGCCCAGGCCAUCUCGAGGGCCUAACAAGCGGCGACGAAAUACCUACGAAGAAGAUCUCAACACAGAUACUGUCUGCGACCUUCAUUCGCAGUCCAACCCCUCCACACCCAAACGCCGCCGACACCUUCCCUACGAACUUCCUCUAGGUCUCUCUCAAACAGACUUUUACUCACUCCAUUCACCACCCGUCACACAAUCUCCUCCGUCACCAGCAAAAUCACGCCAGCAAGAAGCGCCCUCGGGGGUACCAUCGUUUGACCCCGACGCGGCUCUCCCCUCUAUCGAGGAAUCAGAUGAGCCUGCGGCCCCCACAGAUAACCAGCCCUGGUCAACAGACGACGACCAGCGCCUAGUAGAACUCGUUCUAGAAAAAUUCCAGCUCUCCAAACGAGACUGGGACGAUUGCGCUCAACGCAUGGGCAAGGACCACGCUAGCGUCGGCCAGCGAUGGCAAGCUCUCGUCGGAGAGGGCAAUGUCGGCCUACGACGAGGCCGGCGAAUGGUCCGCAGCCGCAUCCACAAAGAUUGGAUGUAA